AGAUAUACCAGUUGCUUUAACUUUAAUCUAAAAAUGGGAAAACUGGAGAGGCACAAGUUUUUUUUUUUCUUUUUCCUGGCAAUUCUGACGUGCUGUUUCCCAGGGAAAUGGAAAAGCCUUAUAAAUGAAUGUUCCAAAAUACAGAAGGCUCGAUGAGAUACUUUCCAGAGCAAAUCAUCAGUAAUAAGAGAUUAUUGCCAAAUUUUCUCUGUUCUUUGGGAUUUUGUUUUGAAGUGAGGAGUAACUUUGCUCGGAAUGCAUUUAUCCAGGAAGUAAUCCUUAAUGUGCUCCACUCUGAGCAUUGAGCCUGCCUGUGAGAUUGAAGAAGGUUUAAUUAAAUGUAAUCAAAUAUUACAGGAUUCCUGAUUAAAAGGCAUAGCACUUGCUUUUGGUGACGUGCGAGACACACUGCUUAUUUGUGCUUUAAAACAAUACAAUUCUGCAGCUUGCAAUGCCUUUCUCGGUUCCUGAGUAACAUCACCCUUCUGCUGGCUUCCCUGCCCGGUGUAAUUCCUGGCGCCCGGUGUGUCACCGCGGCUGGCUCGGGGCAGGGACGGGCAGCGGGUUCCUGCGAGCCCGGCACGGUGGCACGGUGGCCCCGCCGCAGGUUUGCCGUGGCUCUCCGCAGCCAGCGGCUCCGCGGGGCUGUGGGAGGUGACACGAGGGAGGACACAUGCCAGCGCGAUGGGAACGUGUUGAUUCCUGGGAGGCUCUGGGACGUUUGAAAGUGAUUUGGAGGGAGCAAAGUCUGUGUCCGAUGGACACCGAGCCGCAGCCGGCGUGCGUGGUGCCCCAGGCUCCCUGCCCAGCCAUGAAGUGCUCUCCUUCGGAGGACUUUUCUCCCCAGGUGAGGCUGGCUGAAAAGAUCCCCCCGGUGAAGCCUUGCUUCAAGAAGAAGCAGCAAGUGCAGAAGAGACUGGACACACAGACUCUGCGGGCUCUGCGGCCCAUCUUCACCAGCCUGCUGGGAGCCGGGGCCUUGGACAGGGUCUUUGUGCCCCGAGGCCAGCGGGGUGGCCACGGUGACUUAUGUGAACCUGCUGUGAAAAAGACUCUGGACCUCGGUACCUCUUGCCCCCAGACAGAAAAUAAUGUGACUGUGCUGAUGCCAACAGCUCCAGAUGUGCAGGGUCAGCUGGCAGGAGCUCGUCCUUCCCCCGGGCAUCCUGAGCAGGAUGUGCAGGCAGGAGAGCAAGGUUUCUCCCCAGAAACUCCUGGAACUGCUGCUGAUAAUGGUAAUGAAUCAUUCCAGGAUCAUCCUUUGCACCCAAGUGCUGGUGAUGGUGCAGCUUGUCCUUUGUUCCCUGACAAGGUUCUGGAAAGCUACACAUCUGGCUUACUCCAGGAGAACAGCUGUCCAAUGCAAUACAACUUGACCCCAAGCAAUAAAUUCAGUGCUGGGAUAUUCCAGGAUAAAAGUGAAGAAGCUUCCCUUGACCUGGUGUUUGAGCUCUUGAACCAGCUGCAGUAUCACACCCACCAGGAGGACGGGAUUGAAAUCUGUGUGGAUUUUCUCCAGGGCACUUGUGUUUAUGGCAGUGACUGUCCCAAGCAUCACACAGUGUUACCCUAUCACUGGCAGGUGAGGAGGACAGCAACCCAGAGGUGGCAAAGUGUGACCAACGAUUCCCAGGAGCACCUGGAAAGGCUUUACUGCAACCCUGACAAUGACAAGAUCAAAGUCAAGUACGGGGGCCAGGAGUGCUGGGUGGAUCUGAACCUCAUGAAAUUUCAUGAAAGCGCAGAGUUCGACCAAAUGCGGCGCCUGUCCACAGCCUCGUGCCCCAGCUCCAGCUCCAACUGCUACACGGUGUGGAAGUACUUCUGCAGGGACCACUUUGGCUGGAGAGAGUACUCCGAGUCCUUGGUGAGGCUGAUCGAGGAGGCGAGCUGCCGCGGGCUGCGCGAGGUGCGCUUCAUCACCUGGCACAACCAGUACAUCCUCAACAUCAAGGAUGGCUUCCAGCAGAACUCCUGCUUCCGCAGGGAGAUCAAGAGGAGGCCCCUGCUGCGCUCCUGCCUGCUGCUCAUGCCCUUCCUGCAGACCCUGGGUGGCAGCUCUGCUGUGCCCUCGCCGUGCCCCGACCCUGCCGCCGCACACGACCUGUCCCCAGCUGCUGUCACCUCUCCCAGCUUCUACCCCGAGACCUGGAUUGGAAUGGAUCCAGCUCAGGACUUCAUCCAAGUGCCUGUUCUGAAGGAAGACAAAAGCUAUAGAACCAUUUACAACCUGUUCCACAAGACUGUGCCAGAGACCAAAUACAAGAUCUUGAAAAUCCUGCGAGUGCAGAACCAGUUCCUUUGGGAGAAGUAUAAAAGGAAAAAGGAGUACAUGUCCAAGAAGAUGUCCGGGCUGGACAGGAUCAUGAACGAGCGGCACCUGUUCCACGGCACGUCGCAGGACGUGGUGGACGGCAUCUGCAAGCACAACUUCGACCCGCGCGUCUGCGGCAAGCACGCCACCAUGUUCGGCCAGGGCAGCUACUUCGCCAGGAAGGCCAGCUACUCCCACAACUUCUCCAAGCGCUCCCCCAAGGGCGUGCACUUCAUGUUCCUGGCCAAGGUGCUCACGGGCAGGUACACGGUGGGCAACCACACCAUGAGGAGGCCGCCGCCCGUGGAGCCCGGCAGCAUCACCAGCGACCUCUACGACUCCUGCGUGGACAAUUACUUCGAGCCCCAGAUCUUCGUCAUCUUCAACGACGACCAGAGCUACCCCUACUUCAUCAUCCAGUACGAGGAGGUCAGCAGCACGGUCUCCAUCUGACAGCCUGUGCUGCUCCCUGCCGCAAACUCGGCUGGCAGCAGUUGGUGUGGGGGAGGUGAAAUCUGGACUCUUCCUGACUGCUGGAAUGACUUGGAAGGAAGGUCACUGAGGUGACCAACUGUGCACUUGCUGGUUGAUUUCCUAUGUGGAAACUGUACAUAUUUUUCCAUUGUUUAUAGUUGAAAAUCUGUGCCUUUUGUUAUAAAACACUGUUUAUUUAUGUUAGUAAAUAUUCAUGUUUCAGAA